AUGGCCGGCGCGACCGCCGACAUCAUCGUCAAGCCGUUUGAGGAGUACAAACGCACCGGCGAGUCCGCCGAAAACCUCGAGGAGCAGGUCGAAAAGACGCGGAGACACAGCCAAGCCCCCGCCUUCGCGAUGCUUCCCCUCCCCGGUGUUGGGGUCUCGGACAGCGCGGAGCACUCUACCGGGACCCGUCCGCCGCCAUCCAGGGGCAGUGAAGAGUCUUCGGGAAGGACGGGGGCUAUGGCGGUGGCGGCGGCCAACGGCGUCGGGAAGCUCGCCGGCAACGCGACCAAGGGCCUGUUCGUGGAUAUACCCCUCGCCAUGACCGAGGGCUUGCGGGCGGUGCCGAACCUGUACGGCGACCAGGUGCAGAAGCACGACACUAUCGAGGGUUUCCGCAGCGGCGUCUCCGUGGCGGGGAAGACGUUUUGCCACGACAUGAAGGGCGGUCUCACAGACAUCUUUGUCCACACUUACACUGGCAAGAAGGAGCAAGGCGCGGUCGGUGCCGCCAAGGGUCUGGGGAAGGGCGUGGUGAGCUUGGUGACCAAGAGCACGGCGGCCACUUUCGGGCUCGUGAGCUAUCCGGCCCAGGGGAUAUACCGGAGUAUUUGGGCCGCCUCGAACGCGGAUAUGCGGCGGAGCAUCGAGGAUGAGAGGCUGCUCGAGGGGGAUUGGUUGGUCUCGAUGAGCCCGGGCUGGAAGAUGGACCAUGCGGCCAUUGUCGAAGACUUUGAGGGCAUGAAGGGGACCAGAGGGCGAUAA